AAAGGAAAGAGAAAUUAGUAAUCAAAAAGUAAAUGGGUAAAGAAAAAGGAAAUCACCACCAAUUAAGUAAAACCCAUCGCCUGAGCAACAAAAAACAUUAUCUCCCCUCGUAGCUUCUUCAGUUUCUCGAGUCAUCUCUAAGAUAAGACGUUUCAAGUCUCUCAACGAUGGAAUGUAAUAAGGAAGAAGCUAAAAGAGCAAUGUAUAUUGCAGAGAAGAAACUUUCUGAGAACGAUUACAAUGGUGCAAAGAAAUUCAUUAACAAGGCUCAGAAUUUGUAUCCAACGCUCGAUGGUUUGAAACAAGUUUUGAUGAUGAUCAAUGUUUAUAUCUCUGCAUCAAACAAAGAAGGAGGAGAAUCUGAUUGGUAUGGAAUCCUUGGUGUAGAUCCUUUAGCUGAUGACGAGACAGUGAAGAAACAUUACAAGAACUUAGCUCUUUUGCUUCACCCGGACAAGAACAGGUUUAAUGGCGCAGAAGGUGCGUUUAAGCUGGUUUUAGAUGCUUGGUCACUACUAUCUGAUAAAGCUAAGAGAAUUGCAUAUGAUCAUAAGAGGAAACCAGAACAGAAAAAGAGCGAACCAGCUUCGUGUAAUAAGCCUGCAGAGCCUGCUUCUCCUUCUUCUUCUUCGAAACCGGUGGACGUGACCUUUUCAACAGUGUGCAAUAGAUGCACAACGAGAUAUUGUCAGUUUUCGAGGAAGAAUCAUCUUAACAAGACCUUCCCUUGUCCAAACUGUGGUCAGGAUUCGGUUACGACCAAUAUGUCAACAGAGGUGAUCAAUGGGAGGAUAUUCGUCAGAUUCUCAGUUUCUCCCCAACAAGAAGAACAAUUGAGUGCCAAUUCUCAAGCAACUAGCAAACGUAGCUCACGUGAUGAUGAUGCAAACUCUACUUAUGAAGCUCAAAGGCUUUUCAAGAAACCAAUGACGACAACAACAGGAGAUGCAAACUCUACUCAUGAAGCUCAGAGGCUUUUCAAGAACCCAAUGACGACGACAACAAGAGAUGCAAACUCUACUCAUGAAGCUCAGAGGCUUUUCAAGAACCCAAUGACGACGACAACAAGAGAUGCAAACUCUACUCAUGAAGCUCAGAGGCUUUUCAAGAACCCAAUGACGACGACAACAAGAGAUGCAAACUCUACUUAUGAAGCUCAGAGGCUUUUCAAGAAACCAAUGACGACGACAACCAGAGAUGCAAACUCUACUCAUGAAGCUCAGAGGCUUUUCAAGAACCCAAUGACGACGACAACAAGAGAUGCAAACUCUACUUAUGAAGCUCAGAGGCUUUUCAAGAAACCAAUGACGACGACAACCAGAGAUGCAAACUCUACUCAUGAAGCUCAGAGGCUUUUCAAGAACCCUUAGAUGAAUGUAAUUAUAUCAUAUAAUGUGAAACAAUUAAACGUUUUAUUGGUAAAAAUGGUUUCAAAUUAUCGGUUUGGCUUGUUUGGAUCACAGAUAAAUUAGCUACACAAUCCAUAAUCCCUGCCAAAAACGCUAUCAAGUAAUACCCAUUCUCUACACUAAUCUUCUUUCCACAUUUUCUCAAUCGCUUUUUCACUAAUGUUUCUUCCAACAACCAAUUCGUCAGGCAUGGACUGGCCUCGCACCAGAAGAAAGCUGCACAUUCGCGGCAUAUUCACGCGCCCACAAGUCAUA